AUGUCUAGUCAGGAGAGUGGUAGCAACGGCUCGUCGACCGAAGGCGGCAGCGAUAAUGAUGCGGAUCGGCCAGAGGCAACAGAGGGUCUUGAUGGAAAGUAUCAUGGACACGACAAAAGCCAAGGGGAAUCACCGACACCGCGGGUACAUUUCAGAUCGUCCCCCAGCUUUGCAAACAAUGUACCUCGUCCAUCGCGGCAUGAAAAGUCUCGUUCUGAGGACCGACCUCAUCCCCCUACAGCCCCCUAUGCCCACGAGUCAGCGGAUAUCGCCGACACGCCACUUUGGGAACAAGCUCAAUGCACUGGUCAGGCCGGAGUAGCUCCAGACGAAAAGGCACCCGACGAACCACCGGAACAAACACAGAAUAUCAGGACUAUCCUGAACACAUUCAGUAUCAACACCGCGAAAACCCGCCUUCGUUCGGCAACGUCAAGCUUCAAACAGCGGGCUUCGCGCCUAGGCGACCGGCUAGGUCGACCUACAACCGGAGGUGAUGACCUUGGGUCGGGUAUGUACCAUGCAGACUGGGCGACCGGCAGCGAGCCUCCAAUGUCGGAUGUGACCGACGAUAAGCACAAAACUUAUGAAGAAAAGCGUCAGCAUCAAGCGACAAGUAGUUCUGAAGCACAUCGACUCGUCCGCGACCUGACACAGGACCAUUCCGCCAAACGGCGCAAAACUCGAGGGCGACAUGGUCCAGGGAACGUAACCGAAUUCGUGGGAGGUGAACACGAGUCGAGCCUUGACUCGGGCCUGCGUUAUCGAUCUGGGGGUGGAGGUGUGCUGUCACAGCUGAUCAAGCUCAAUGGCGGACAGCAGCAGCACCAAGGAAGCACAUUCAGGACCCCGAGUCAAUCUUCGGUCGAAACUACAUCCAGUAGUGCAUCUUCGACGAGUCAGGGACCACAAUCAAAAAGAAAUAUACCAAAAUGGUACAAGAGGCCAUCCAACACAUCAACUUCCACGUUGAUUGGGGCGAGCAGCAGUCUGAGCGGAGCGAGCACGCCGGUUUCAAGUGAGGUCAUGUCGGCAGCAUCCAAAAGACGUGGCAAACAGCUAGAUCAUGGACCUCGACUAGAAGACGAGAUCCGAGUCACUAUUCACAUCGCAGAGAUCAUCUGCCGACAGCGAUAUAUCAUGCAGCUCUGUCGGGCAUUGAUGCUAUUCGGAGCACCAACUCAUCGAUUGGAAGAAUAUAUGCAAAUGACAUCCAAGGUACUUGAGAUCGAUAGUCAGUUUCUGUAUUUACCGGGAUGCAUGAUCAUGUCAUUCGAUGAUCCUUCGACGCGAACAACGGAGAUGAAACUCGUCCGAGUCGGGCAGGGAGUGGACCUAGCGCGUCUCUCAGAUACUCAUCUCAUAUAUAAGAAUGUUAUCCACGACGUGGUUGGGAUCGAAGAAGCAAUUCAAGACCUAGACGAAGUGAUGAACAAGGGGCCACGCUACAACAAGUUCAUCGUUGUUAUGGUAUAUGGUCUAGCUACGGCCACUGUUGGUCCUUUUGCGUUCAACGCCCGACCUAUUGACAUGCCGAUUAUCUUCAUCAAUGGGUUACUGGUCGGGGCCAUGCAACAUCUCGCAGCACCUCGAUCUGUUCUCUAUUCCAAUGUCUUCGAGGUGACGUCGACAGUAUUGACAUCAUUCAUUGCCCGUGCCUUUGGAAGCAUUCCAUUGAGGACCAUCGAUGGUAAGCGAGAAUAUCUCUUCUGCUUUUCUGCGAUCGCACAAGCUUCAAUUGCGUUGAUUUUGCCUGGAUUUCUGGUACUAUGUAGCAGCUUGGAAUUGCAAUCGCACCAGAUCAUCGCAGGCUCGAUUCGAAUGGUGUAUGCGAUCAUUUUCUCAUUGUUUAUCGGAUAUGGAAUCACAGUCGGCACCACAAUUUAUGGCCUGAUGGACAACAGCGCCGUAUCUGACCUCAGUUGCCCCAAGACCGGAUCAUUUCCAAACCCCUAUGUCGCGCGGUUUCCCUUCGUAUCCAUUAUGAUCGUGUGGCUCCUCAUUAUCAACCAAGGGAAAUGGAAACAAUUUCCGCCAAUGGCCUUUAUUGCCUUGUCCGGGUACACGGCCAACUACUUUAGCACCAAGCGACUCGGAUCGAAUUCGCAAGUUGCCAAUACCGUUGGGGCAUUUACGAUAGGCAUGCUGGGGAACCUCUAUAGUCGACUCUGGCACGGUCAUGCCGCGACAGCUAUCUUACCGGGUAUCUUUAUUCUUGUGCCUUCUGGCCUUGCAGCGACUGGGUCAUUGAUCACGGGCGUGCAGUCUGCCGAUGAAAUCCGGCAAAACGUGUCUUCUCAUUCCUCGUCCAGUAAUACGCCUGGAGCUGGGUUGAGCAGUACCUCGGUGUUCACUUUGGGAUUUGGUAUGAUCCAGGUGGCAAUUGGGAUUACAAUUGGUUUGUUUAUAGCAGCCCUGAUUGUUUACCCAUAUGGGAAACGGAGAAGUGGGCUGUUUAGUUUUUGA